CUGUCAUUAGAAUUUUUUGUGAUGGAUUUAAACAUUUCAACUUAUUUUACAUCCUGUUUUAAUAUUAUAAUGGCAUUGACAUUAAGUAAAUGUGAAAACAUUUGACUGAGCAGGUUAUAUUAGCAGCAAUUUAGAUUCAUAUAAUAUAAUUGGUUUUUGAGAAUGAAUGUAUACAUUCUAAGCAUUGACAUUUAGUAAAUGUGAAAACAUUUGGCUGGACAGGUUAUGUUAGCAACAAUUAAAAUUCAUAUAAUGUAAUUGGUUUUUGAGAAUGAAUGUAUACAUUCUAAUUUAUUUUAAAUCCUGUUUGUAAUAAUUUAAAUUCAUGUAAUGUAAUUUGCUGUUGUAUAUGAACAUGUUUCAGCACCCAUCUAAGGUAAGGUUAUUGUAGAAAUUUAUUCAAGGAGGGUAUUGACCAUGGUAAAAGGUGAAUGUCAUAAACAUUUGGCUGGGAUAGGUUAUGUUAGCGUCAAUUUAAAGUCAUGUAAUGUGAUUUUGCUGUUGUACCUGUAUGUUCAUGUUUUAGCAGGUUUCUAUAAUGUAAGGCUAUGACCAUUUGUAUACUUAAUUAUUGAAGUAGUGGUAAAAAUCUGUGUAUAAAAGACAGAGGGAAUUCUCUAAUAUUCACCAGUCUUCAAGAUUUCAUCCCAGGACAAGAAGCUCAGUUCAACAGAAAUACUACCAAAAUAAAAUGUCGUACCGUACAAUUGCUUCAACUGAUUCAGAGAAUGAACAUUUUAGCGAAUCAAUUGAUAUAAGACCGUCUUUUUCAAAAACAAAACCUGGAUUAAAACGUUCUGCAGAAAAAACAAGUGUUAAAAAACCUAUGAAAAAGAAGCAGAAUAAAAUGAAUGCAUCAUACAGAGAUAAUAUCAGCGAACGCUUGAGAUCAGAAGAUUUUGAUGUUGAAGUAUUUAAUUCGCUAACAUUCAGACAAGGAGAUGGCGUUGUGACAAUAAAGACGCCUUUUGAAGAAAAAGGAAAGGAUCUUUGGGUGCUAAGUCAUUAUAAGGUUACUAACAUCGAGAAUGUACCAGUAAAGGACAGAUGGAAGUUCAGUGAAGCUACUGUUAGAUUGUACACGACCGACGAAUCAAAAGAUCAAACACUUCAUACUGGUCUUAAUGAGACAAUGCAAAUUAUAUUUGAUAAAUUACUAACCGAUCCAAAGCGUCAAACUAUUAAAAGCAAGACGGUUGUUUGAUUAUUAUACGGAAAAAUGAGUUUCAUUUAAUAAAACAAAAUAUUAUUAUA